AUGUGGAAUAAUCGUGUUUCAACAAUCAGUGAUGGAUCCAUGGGUAUUGCUGCGGGCCGCUCCCUCACUGCUCAAGUUACUAUUGGCACACCUCAAGCAACUGGAAAAUUAGCUUGGGUUCGAAAUACAUACGCGUCCCAAUAUAAUCAUGCUGUAACGUGCUUUGAAUCAUUUGAUAACACAACUGGAAAAAAACGAAUGAGAGGAGGUCGUCUUUUGCUCUAUCGGUUGCUUAUAUUCGCUGUCGUAGUCGUUUCGUUCGUGUUGGGAAGUUUAAGUUCGAAUGUGAAAGCGUAUGUCGCAUUNCGACGCGUCCCAAUAUAA